CAUUCCAUCGCAACUGCAUCAUCAAGCCGACGGGUUAGCACCUAGCAUACCUGCCUAGCCUACCUAGGUACGAAGACGAAUCUCGGCAUACCACGUCUAUCGACAAUAUUCGCAGCGCAUCGAUCGAGCUGCUGCUCACCGUUGAAUCCGCAUGUCAGCAAGCUCUUGCUGAGAUCAAUCUGCCCCCAGGAGGCUCCUUUCCAGCUUUAUUGGUGAUCCCGAACAUCGCCGACAACUAUCCGUCAAGAUGAAGCCUCUCGUCAGUGCCAUGCAAGCAUGGUCUUGCGUGGUCAUCUCCGUCUUCGCCAUCCUCAUCCUCUCGGUCCUCGGCAUAUUAUUCAAGAACAACCACCAUGAGAUGGUCGGAGGCGCUGAUGAUCCCGAAAACGGCCCCGAAGUUGCGGGCACAAUAUUUGUUGCUGUCAUCAUCUACUGCGGAUUCCUGGUUUUCUGUGGCCUGCAGGGCCUGAUGCACGUUCGCGAGAGCCGAAGGGGAGCGAUUGCGCUAUAAGGAUGGACUCUUUUGAAAGUAAAGUGGACAACCACGCGGUGCCCCUAAAGAGUGUGUAAAUAUGGCCAGGUGGCAUACAUGUUUGGGUAUCUCUUUUUUUCGUUUUCGGCUUUGGGAUUGGCGUUGAUGGGACUCAGCUAACGGUCACCGGAUAGCAUUGGCGCUGUUGUCUUUGUUCAGGCUGUGACAGCAAAGAAAUAGUCUUGCUACAGAUGAAAUAGAAUGCAGCAGCUUGAAUAGCUGUUUGUCAAUAACUUACAAAUUCAGAUUGUGGUAUAAAGCUACUACCUUAGGCAUAUGGAAUACGACUAAGGGCCAGUAUGGUUGUAGUUAUAUACCAAUCCUUGGUCGGAGAAUCGGCACCUCGGCAUCGACCCUAACGUGUAUUUCUG